UAUUUCAAUUUGGUAAAAUAUGCAAGGCUUUUUCUACUGAUCGGCCACUACAGUCUUCUAAAGUAUUAUCUCCAUGUUUGAUAUCUCACAAAUUGCACGGAGAUUAUUGAUCUUAAAUGGGUCAUAGUUUCGAAUAACAUUUCUAAGCAGAUGGUUUGUAAAUUAAAGCCAUAAAAUUUACAGAAAGCUGUAAGUUAAUCGAAGAUUUUGUGCCCGUGUAAGACAUUUGAGCCUGUUGUAGCCUGCAAUUGAGGAUCAAUAGUGGAACACUGAGUGCCCAAGACGGAGCCUAACUAUGAGACUGAUGAAUGAAAUAACUCCGUCGUAAUUUUCCGUUUCUUUUGAACCAUGAGCAUUUGGCUCAUACCAGUGACCUUUUUAUAAAAGUUUUACUAGUAAUUAGGAUUCUAAAAGUCAAAGUGUAGUGAUUGAUUCCAGAGCUAUGUCGUCUGUUCGCAUCUGAGUCAAAUGAAAUGUUCUUUUGUUUUGACCUAUUUUGUUGAGCUUUAUUUACGAUGAGCGGCAGGCCUCGAACAACAAGUUUUGCUGAAGGAAAUAAAGGACCUCUUGCAGCUGUAAAUUUUCCAGGAAUGAAAAUCAGUAGUAAGGAUGGCAACAAAGUCACUACCGUGGUUGCAACCGCCGGGCAGGGCUCGGACAGACCACAAGAGGUGUCCUACAUGGACACUAAAGUCAUAGGCAACGGCUCCUUCGGCGUGGUCUUUCAGGCUAAACUCGUAGAGUCUGGCGAACUGGUGGCUAUUAAGAAAGUGCUUCAAGACAAACGCUUCAAGAAUCGCGAGCUACAGAUAAUGAGAAGACUGGAGCAUUGUAAUAUAGUCGAAUUGAAAUACUUCUUUUAUUCCUGCGGGGACAAGAAAGAUGAGGUCUUCUUGAACCUUGUACUAGAAUAUGUACCAGAGACCAUUUAUAAGGUAGCCAGGCAUCAUAGUAAACAAAAGCAAACUAUACCUAUCAGCUAUAUUAAGUUGUAUAUGUAUCAGCUGUUCCGGUCAUUGGCUUAUAUUCACGCACUGGGCGUGUGUCACCGAGACAUCAAGCCCCAGAAUCUGCUGCUCGAUCCUGAGACUGGAGUCCUGAAGCUAUGCGACUUUGGUAGCGCCAAGCACCUUGUCAGGGGCGAACCCAACGUCUCCUACAUUUGCUCCCGGUACUACCGUGCUCCAGAACUCAUCUUCGGUGCCACUGAUUACACUACCAAUAUUGAUGUGUGGAGCGCCGGUUGUGUUUUGGCCGAACUGCUCCUCGGCCAGCCGAUCUUCCCUGGUGACAGCGGAGUUGAUCAACUGGUAGAGAUCAUCAAAGUUUUGGGGACGCCCACACGCGAGCAAAUUAGAGAAAUGAACCCUAACUACACAGAGUUCAAAUUCCCGCAGAUCAAGAGUCACCCCUGGCAAAAGAAUAUGAUGGCAACCACUGCUGAGACUCCUCCAUGUAUUCUUGAAAAGAAGCCCCAGCGGCUAAGAGUGUUCCGCCAACGCACGCCCGAGGACGCCAUCAACCUGGUGUCGCGGCUGCUAGAGUACACGCCCAGCGCUCGCAUCUCUCCUCUCCAGGCCUGCACGCAUCGCUUCUUUGAUGAGCUGCGCGAGCCUAACACCAGACUACCCAACAACAGGCAGCUGCCUCCCCUCUUCAACUUCACAGAAAUGGAGCUGAAGAUACAGCCGGAGCUGGCAAGCAAGCUGAUCCCGAGCCAUUACCAGUCAGAGGGCGGCAACAGCGGCGCCGUUGGUACGGAGACGUCCUCGGGAGCUGCGGGCGGCAGCGUGGCGAGCGCCAACACUGCUACAGCUGCGGGCGCCGAGUAGCGAGCGUCUCAAUGGCCUGGUUGCCUCACAUUCUUUUAAUGAAUAAUAGUUCUUUUGUAUUAAAAUAUCUAUCCCUUUUGUGAAUAUUUUUUUUGUUUUUAACUCAAAUUGUCGCGACCGACGCUCGGUUAGGUUCGACGACACUGCAAAGUCACGUGUGUGAUGUAAACUUGGAAGCCCGCUUGGUAGAGGGAUUGCUCGUAGUCAAUACGCGGGAAGAUGAGGCACGUGUUUUAUUUUUAGUUCUUUUAGCAUGGGCAAGUAGGUGAGCAGUUGAACUGACGAGCGUUGUGUAGUGAUGAUGUAUGUUACCCCCGUUAGAGUGUCGAUGUCGUUAGCAUAGCCCAUAACUUGUGCUGCAGCUUGCAGGUCUCACUCAUUGCCACCGCGCUCGUGUGGCUCCCCUGGUCCUCGUUGAAGUAUUCCUGCCUCAUUGCGGCGUGAAAUUUCCUCCCUCUUUAAUUUGGUUUACCAAUCCGUUGAUGCUGCGUGUCGCCAAUUCAUUGAAUUCAAAGGACACGAAGUUUGUAAAAUUCUUAAGCUUAAUGAAUUAGAUGAAAAAUUAUUAGUUGUUGCCGAGGCUCGUUAUUGUCAAGCAUGGGUUAAGUUGUUGACAACUCGAAGCUUGAGUUUCUAGUGUGCAAUGCUAUAUGACUAAUGAGAAGUGGCGAAUAUUUGUGCACUGUAUGAACCAGUGCUCAGGGAGUUGGCGCAUGCUGCCGAGAGAUGGUGGCCUAAAGACAGCCAUUUGUGUGGCGAUACGCAGGCCUCCGAGUGCGGACGUAGAAUCUACUUAGAACGCCUCUACCAGCUUCUCGAAUUUAUUAUACUGUUUGUGUUCAGGAUGAAGUUGUAUAGUAAAUGUAAAUACCACUUGAUCAUGUCUGCGUGCUGUAGCAGCUCUGCAAAUAAUGCUCAGCCAUUUGCAUUGUUCUCUGUAGUCAUAUUUUGGUUCAGUCACCCGGAGAUUUGUUAACUGUGUUUGAGCUGCAGAUAUCUGUUGCCUUUCCUGCCGUUAACUCUGGCAUAUUCUCUACUCUAACUUACAAUCUAUUUAGCUUCUAUUGGGUUCAGUGUAUUUCUGAUGAAUUAUAUGAUCAUUUCUCACCCCGUAUAUAUAAUUUUUUACUCUCUAAUUUACAAUUAGGUCAUUAGUUGUGAUCUUCAAGUAGCCUAACGUGUAUUUGAGCGUAGCUGUUAACAGAAGGUCUCCUGUACCCUUGCGCAUAACAUGCUUUGUAAACGUGCAUUGUAAACGAGCGUGUAUAUAUGAUGUGCUCUCAUGAAUACUAAGGCUUGAGUGCAGCCAAUUUAGAGACCUUACCUCGUGCCAUGCCCGCUUGAGCAGCUGGUCACAUGAGCACCCCUCGGCAGCCCAUUCUUUUUGCGAUGCUGCACGCAGCAUUUUAUCUUCACACAGCAAGAACCUCUACUCACGAUGUAGAUCUUCUCUUCUAAAGUUACUCGACUCGGCGCAUCUUGUGUUGCUUUGCGCUUCAAAAGUCGCUGCGUUCGUCAGAUGGUGCCCUGGGUGCCUCCCGAAGUUGCCUUGCUUCCGAUGCUCUUGCUUUCCUCUGUCGUGAGAGCGAGUUCCGUAACUCCUGUUUCUCUCUUAUCUUGACUUACCUGGGCUGCUUAAGACUGCUGUGUCAUUUAUUAUGAAGCCAUUGAAGUAGGACUUUCACUCUUUCCACUUCCUAAACAUUAUAUGUUGUUUACGCCCCCUCUUUUAGUCUGACUUGCUUGGCUCUUCAGCUCUUACCUCUAAACUCUCCUCAUCUAUGUGAUGAACACGCUUGUGAAUCUUACAAAGCUGCUGUAUUCAUGACUGUUACAAUGAACAAAUGCGAUUUCUUUGCUCAUAAUAAAUUUAUGCACUUUUUUCUCUGUAUAAAGCUUGAACCUGAAGGCCAUAUUUGCUAGGGAGUGUACUCCUUGUUUAUCCAUAUGGUGGAUAUGUUGGGCGAGAGCUCGAUAGUGUCUAACACUGUGUAGAAGUACCGCUUGGCAAUAACUUAGUUAGACGUGAACCUGCGCAUACUUGAGACACUAAGCUUUGCUGGCCUUUGUGCGUUACACCUCUAGUAUGAGUACUUUAGCUAAGUUGUCCCUAGUGUAAUGAGAGCUAUCGAGAAAGAUCAUUGGAAUUAACGUACAUAAUAACGGAGUGAGAGCUUUUGAACCCUGUUGUUCUUUUGAUGCCGUAGACAGAGCCUUGCGUCGGAGUAGUUGGUUUGAAGCCGGCGCUCUAUCUAUGGUUGCUCUGACUAUGUUGUGGUCUGCGUUGUACAACGGUUGUCCCAAUGUUUUUUGUUGUUUGCGUGAAUUUAUUUAGGGUAGUUAAGGUUGUACAAUGGCAUCUGUGUACCAGGCGCUGUACCCAAGUCUCGUGAGGAGAUAGCAGGCUCGAGGUCUCUAUUAUCUCGUCAGCACAGCGAUCGCUCAUUGGGAUACGAAUCGAAGUUGUGACGUAUGAGGACGCGGCUCCUUCACAAGUUCCCUCUCUCUUGGUUCCUUUAUUUCAGUCAACUUAAUUUUCGGACGUUGUGCACACUGUAACUAAUGUUUUGAUUUAUUACGCUGGAACCACUAGAAAACCUUGCCGAUUGGUCUUCUAUGUAUAGAAUGGCGAUGGAUGGUCGUGUCCUCGUACGACGCUGAGAUGAGCCCAAGCCUCAAUUGUCGUCUUGCUUUGGCGUGUUGCAACUCAGUCUUCUUGGACAAAAAACAGCAGUGGCUUUGCUCUCGGACUUGAUGUUUCUUUACAUUAACUAUUGACGUUUCACUUGUAUUACUUAUCGAGAUAGCAUUUUGCAUAUAUACUAAUAAAUUGUGAUUCGACUAAAAAUAUUGCACUACGCAUACAUUUAAUUAUCUGAACAUUAGUGUCACGGACGCGGUCGAAUGCUCCACGUGGAUCGUGUUUUUAUUUGUAUCAUGAGUGAAGUUUAGUGGCAAGCGUUAUGCAGGGCGGUUGCAAGGAACUGAUUAUCAAUGUAAUGAUGGAAAGUACCAUGACGUAACGUCUUGUAUGGUCAGAUAUUUGUCAUACUGUUUAAUUGACCAAUUAAAAUUGUUAUAGUUUUAUCUGAACUUCCUUUGCCUAUAAAUAUAAAGAUCCCGUCACUCUAACGGAAAUCUUGUACCCUUGGUAUUAGCCGUUGUAACUUCAAAGCUAUGUAGACUGGGCCAUAUAUUUGACAGUGCGUACUCAGGAGCAGUUGAUACGUGCGCGUCUCUCCCCGAAUGUUGUGCGUCGCAAGCGUGUGUGUUGGCACCAUUUUAUCCAUAUAGCCAUUUUAGCGCUCGCCUCCUGUAAAUUAGGCUCAACUCUCGUCGAUUUCAUUUCUUGAGAUAAUUAUGGUCAUGUUUUUUGCUUACUUUCAUCGGUAUUUUAGAGAAUUGUUGAAUUGGAUUUGCUGAGUCACCCACCUACCUCUCGAUAACAUGUACGCUAAGGCUUACGAUCCGUAGGGUCGUCUCAGUACUUCUGCUGGUGUGAGUUCAGUUGUGGACCAGAUUUUCCUGCUACCCUCUUUUGUCGACUAUAAAUUAAAUAUUGCCCUCGUGA